CAAAAAUUGAUCAUCAGAAACAAAAACAUGGGUCAUUCAAUUUCCAAUCAUGUAUUUAUCCUUUUCAUCUACUUAUUGUUCUCUUUUUCUAGCUUACUGAUCAUACAAUACCCAACUGCACUAGCACACCAAUACCGUUUGCAUUUAUGUUCACUAGAUAAUUACACUAGUAAUGGCACAUUUCAAAAAAAUCUCAACCUACUCCUUCCUUCGCUGCCCUUAGGCGGCAAUUCACCCAUAAAAAAGGGAUACUAUAAUGCCACCGUUGGCCGAAAUCUGGAUACUGUUUACGGAUCAUUCCAGUGUAGAGGUGAUGUUCCGGUAGAUGUGUGUCAAAGUUGUGUCAAAGUCGGUACCAAAGAGAUAAAAGAAGAUUACCGAUGUCCAAAUGCUAAACGAGCAAUUAUCUGGUAUGAUCUAUGUAUGAUAAGGUAUUCGAAUAAUUCUUACUUUGCUACUAGGGGAGAUACACCAGAUAUUUAUUUAGCGAAUACUAAAAAUAUUACUAAUCCAGAUCAGUUUAGACCAAUUCUAAGUAAUUUCAUGUAUGGUUUAGUAAGACGAGUUGUGUCGAGUAAUGGUUCAACCAAAUUUGCUGCUGGUAAAAUACCUUUUACAGAUAAUAUAAACAUAUAUGGAUAUGUACAGUGUACUGAAGACAUAUCAUCAAGUGAUUGUAAUCAGGGUCUUAAUCUAACUGUAUCUGAAUUACUAAAUUUGACUGAGGCAUCACGGGGUGGACAAAUUCUCAAACCUAGUUUUAUUGUGAGAUUUGAAAUAUAUAAUUUAUUUCCAUCUCUUAGUAAUCCCUCACCACCUCCGUUAUCUUCUUCCGCGCCGGUACCUCUAAUGUCCCCGCCAUCUUCAACCAAAACAACCACACUGGACGAAAAUGGUAAUAAAUCAUCCAUACUAGCUGUUAGUAUAGUUGUCCCGGCAGUUAUUCUAGCACUUUGUGCCAUUUCCAUUUGGUUCUUCUGUUUCCAGAGGAAAAAAAAAAGACAGACAGAGUUUUUUGACGAUGUCGAUGGGGAGAUUCAAAGUGUAGAAUCUUUGCAAUUCAACUUCAACACAAUAAGUGCUGCAACAAAUAAUUUUUCGGAAGCUAAUAAACUCGGAGAAGGUGGGUUUGGCCCUGUAUACAAGGGUACACUAUCAGAGGAGCAACAUAUAGCGGUGAAGAGGCUCUCUGAAAAUUCAGGACAAGGUGACCAAGAGUUCAAAAAUGAAGUUACAUUAGUAGCUAAACUUCAGCACAGAAAUCUUGUGAAGCUUGUUGGUUUCAGCAUAGCUGGUGAAGAAAAACUACUCAUCUAUGAAUACAUGCCUAAUGCAAGCCUUGACAAGUUCUUAUUCGACCCAAUCAAAUGUGCACAACUGAAUUGGGAAAGACGGUACAAGAUAAUAAAAGGGGUAGCAACAGGACUUGUCUAUCUUCACGAGGAGUCUCGACUUAAGAUCAUCCAUCGGGAUCUCAAAGCUAGCAAUAUAUUACUGGAUAAGGACAUGAAUCCCAAAAUUGCAGAUUUUGGCAUGGCUAGGCUUUUUGUGCUUGACCAAACUCAAGCAAGUACAAAAAGAAUAGUUGGAACGCACGGCUACAUGGCUCCAGAGUAUGUAAUGCAUGGAAAAUUUUCUGUGAAAUCAGACGUGUUUAGUUUUGGUGUUUUAGUUUUAGAGAUUCUUAGCGGACGAAAGAACAACAGUUUUCACAAAUCAGAAAUCGCUAGGGACCUUCUAAGCUAUGUAUGGAGGCAUUGGAACGAUGGAUCUGCUAUAGAAAUAUUAGACCCAACUUUGAAAGACACAUAUUCUAGAAAUGAAGCGGUGAGAUGCAUCCAUGUCGCAUUGCUAUGUGUUCAAGAAAAUGUUGCAGAUAGACCCACAAUGCCCACAGUUGUCCAAAUGCUCAACACAUAUUCUGCGAUCACUACCGAUUUACCUUCAGAACCUGCAUUUUUGGCUGAUAGUAAGAGACAUCCAACCCUAGGAAGUGACAGUGAAGAACAAAGAAGCUGGAAGAACGAGUUAAACAAUGAAGCAACGACAUGCAGCGUGAAUGAAGUUACAGUUUCUGAAGUAUACCCUCGAUGUUUGAAUGAGCCAUGUGUUAUUGUUAGUAGUACUGCACCUGGAAAAAACAUUAUGGGUUGUUUUCAUCUUGGAUUUAUCUUCUUCGCCUACUCUUUUUUCCUAAUUUCUAACUUAUUCAUCACCAUACAAUACACAACUGCACAACAGUAUGUUUAUCAUUUUUGUUUAGGAGAUAAUUACACUAAUCGCAGUAUAUUUCAAGAUAAUCUCAAUUCGCUUCUUACUUCACUGACCAUAGAUGAGACUGACAUCAUAGAUGAUGCAUAUCUCAAUAACACAGUCAGGAAAAGCCCCGAUACCAUUUAUGGAUCUUUACAGUGUAGACCUGAUGUAGCUUCAUCUAAUAUGUGUCCAAGAUGUGUUGAAAAGGCUACUCAAGAGAUCACGGGUAGGUGCCCCAAUUCUAAACAAGCAAUUAUUUGGUAUGCUGAGUGUAUGUUUAGGUAUUCAAAUCAAUAUUACUUUAAAAUUAUGCAGGACAGACCAGGAGUUUAUCUAUGGAAUAAUGUUAGUAAUGUUUCGAUUCCUGAUCAGCUCACCCCAAUUUUAGGCGGUUUACUGAAAGACUUAGUAGGAGCAACUGUGUCUAGUUUUCGUCGUAAUUUUGCUGAUGGAGAUGCAAAUGUUACUAAUAAUACAAAAGUAUAUGCGUUUGUACAGUGUACUGCAGAUAUAUCUUCAAGUGAUUGUAGUCUAUGUCUUCUAGGAGCUAUAUCUGAAUUACCAAACUGUUGUGAUGGAAAAAGUGGUGGAAGAAUCAUUAGACCUAGUUGUAAUUUUAGAUAUGAGUUAUAUCCCUUCCUGGAGGAUAUUAAUACUCCUUCGCCACCGUUAUCGUCAUCUCCUGCUCCUCACCACUCACCACCUCCUCCUCUUGCAUCAUUGCCUCCACCUCUAUCAACUACACCAAACUCAAACAGGAAGAACUCACCCAUACUUGCUAUUAGUAUCGCCGUUCCUUCAGCUAUUGUAAUACUUUCUGGAAUUGCAUUUUGGUUCUUCUGUUUCCACAGAAAGAAAACAACGACAGAGUAUAUUGAUGGUUUCAAUGAUGAGAUGCAAAGCACGGAAUCCUUGCAAUUCAACUAUAGUACAUUAAGUGCUGCAACAGAUAAUUUCGCUGAAGCUAAUAAACUCGGAGAAGGUGGGUUUGGAUCUGUUUAUAAGGGUACACUUUCGGACUGUCAAGAAAUAGCCGUGAAGAGGCUAUCCAGAACUUCCAGACAAGGUCGGCAAGAGUUCAAGAAUGAAGUUACUUUAGUAGCUAAACUUCAACACAGAAAUCUUGUGAAGCUUAUAGGUUUCAGCCUAACUGGUGAAGAAAAACUACUCAUUUAUGAAUUCAUGCCAAAUGGAAGCCUAGACAAAUUCCUAUUCGAUCCAGUUAAACGUACACAGCUUGAUUGGGGAAGACGAUACAGGAUAAUAGGAGGGGUGGCAAGAGGACUUCUAUAUCUCCAUGAGGAGUCUCGGCUUAAAAUCAUACAUCGGGAUCUCAAAGCUAGCAAUAUAUUAUUAGAUAUAAACAUGAAUCCUAAAAUUGCAGAUUUCGGCAUGGCUAGGCUUUUUGUGCUUGACCAGACUCAGGCUAGUACAACCAGAAUAGUUGGAACCCAUGGUUACAUGGCUCCAGAGUAUAUUAUGCAUGGUGAAUUCUCUAUAAAAUCAGAUGUUUUCAGUUUUGGUGUCUUAGUCUUAGAGAUACUUUGUGGAGAGAGAAACAGCGAUUUUCAUAAACUAGAUGUCGCUUGGAACCUUUUAAGCUAUGCAUGGAAACACUGGAAAAAUGGAUCUGCUAUAGAAAUAUUAGAUCCAGCAAUGAAAGACACAUGCUGUAUAAAUGAGGCGGUUAGAUGCAUCCAUGUUGCACUGUUAUGUGUUCAAGAAAAUUUUGCAGACAGACCGUCAAUGCCGAGAGUUGUCCUAAUGCUGAACAACUACUCUGAUGUUAAUCCUAAUUUACCUUCAGCACCUGCAUUUUUGGCUGAUAGUACGAGACAUAUAAAGCCCCAUCCAACUUUAUAUACAGGCAACAGUGAAGAACGAGGAUUCUCAAAGAACGAAACGAACAGUGAAACAGCGACGUGUAGCGUGAAUGAAGUUUCAGUUACUGAAAUAUGCCCUCGCUGAUGAAGGUAAACCAUUACUACAUUUAAACCAUUUGAAAAUAACAAAAUCAUACCGAGUGAAUUUGAAUUUUUUGAAUUUUCAGUGAGCCAUUUCUUGUAAGCGACAUUAGACCAUUCUGCAACUAGUUCAUUUUUUAUUUUAUUUUUUUUUUU